CUCAAAAUCUGCUCACCAUAUGCUAUCUACAUUUGUCUUUGCUUACAUAUCUCUACGCACAUUGCUUUUGGCUCCAAAGUCUUAACAAAAACAAUCCCAAAAAUGGCUGCUGUUGCCUCUCCAAUGGCUAGCCAACUAAAGAGUAGCUUCACUUCUUCAGUCACAAGAGGACUUGCCACACCAAAGGGUAUUUCUGGAGCUUCAUUUAGACUUGCUCCCUCCAAGAGAACCCCUCGUUUCACUGUAAAAGCUGUUCAGGCAGACAAGCCAACUUUCCAAGUUAUUGAGCCAAUUAAUGGUGACCCUUUUAUUGGAAGUCUUGAGACUCCGGUGACCUCAAGCCCUUUGAUUGCGUGGUACCUCUCCAACCUCCCGGCUUACCGGACGGCAGUGAGCCCACUUCUGAGGGGAAUUGAGGUGGGAUUGGCUCAUGGGUUCCUUCUUGUCGGACCAUUUGUUAAGACUGGUCCAUUGAGAAAUACAGAAUAUGCAGCAGCAGCAGGGUCUUUGGCAGCAGGUGGACUAGUUGUGAUCUUAAGUAUUUGCUUGACAAUGUAUGGAAUCGCAUCAUUUGAUGAAGGAGAGCCCUCAGUUGCCCCAAGUCUAACGCUGACAGGAAGGAAGAAGGAGCCGGAUCAGUUGCAAACUGCUGAUGGUUGGUCCAAGUUCGCUGGUGGAUUCUUCUUUGGUGGAAUCUCUGGUGUCAUCUGGGCAUACUUUCUUCUUUAUGUUCUCAACCUUCCUUACUUUGUGAAGUAGAGAAACGAAGAUGCAAUCAUCUAGUUUUUAAAUUAUUUCCCUGUUAUUCAUUGUACAUCUAUCAGUUUGGAAUGCUUUAUGCUAGAUGAAAGGCAUAUAUUUGUAUCUUAA